AUGGAUGAUCAUCGCAGACUGCUGGAUUUCUCCCGGAGGCCCCAGAUAAUCUUACACCGAAUAGAUUGCCUGCAGUGUAACAUUUAUUACCAGGAGAGGAGAUCCACUCUGGACCAGGAGGAGUUGGAACCUCUGCAGGUGAAACAAGAACAGGAAGAGCCUGAAGAUCAUCAGAUAAAAGAAGAGCAGGAGGAUCUAAAACACCAGCAGAUAAAAGUGGAAGAGAAAGAAAUUUACUGCAGUCAGGGUGAAGAACAGAUUGAAUUAAAACAGGAGACUGAUACCUGCAUGGUGGUUCCUGUUGAUGAGCAAACAGACCACACUGAAUCAGAACCAAACAGGAACCAAGUCAUCUUCCAGGAAGCUGCUGAAGCUGAGAACCAAAAUCAAGAAAGAAGAAAACCUUUCUCAUGUGACAUCUGUGAAAAGCGUUUGACUUUCAAAUCUGUUUUUGAUGCUCAUAUGAGAACUCAUACGGGUGAAAAGCCGUUUACAUGUGUGACCUGUGGAAAAAGUUUUACUCAAAAACAUGUUUUAACUCGGCACAUGAUGAUUCACACUGGUGAAAAGCCGUUUUCAUGUGUGACAUGUGGAAAAAGAUUUAGUGGAAAAUCUAAUUUAUCUCAGCACAUGAGGAUUCACACAGGUGAAAAGCUGUUUUCAUGUGUGAAUUGUGGAAAAUGUUUUAGUCAUAAACACGUUUUAACUCGGCACAUGAUGAUUCACACUGGUGAAAAGCUGUUUUCAUGUGUGACCUGUGGAAAAAGUUUUACUAAAAAACAUGAUUUAACUCAUCAUGUCAUGAUUCAUACUGGCGAAAAGCCGUUUUUAUGUGUGACCUGUGGGAAAAGUUUUCUUCAAAAACGGAAUUUAUCUCGGCACAUGAUGAUUCAUACUGGUGAAAAGCCGUUUUCAUGUGUGAAUUGUGGAAAAUGUUUUAGUCAAAAACACGAUUUAACUCGGCACAUGAUGAUUCAUACUGGUGAAAAGCCGUUUUCAUGUGUGACCUGUGGGAAAAGUUUUUGUCAAAAACACAAUUUAUCUAUUCACAUGAGGACUCACACUGGUGAAAAGCCUUUUUCAUGUGGAAACUGUGGAAAUGGUUUUUUUUACAAACUUAGUUUAACUCAGCACAUGAUGACUCACAGAGGCGACAAGCCGUAGCAGUGUUUUACAUGUGUGUCCUAUGUUGAGCUUCACUAUUAAAUUGAUUUGGUUAAAAACUAGAAUUAAAGACUGGAGAGAUUUCAUGUCUAUAAAACAUCUUGACAUUAGGAUACGUAGAGAUGUGAAGCAAUUUCCUUGAGAGAUGCUUUGUUUUUUUUCUGGCAUAUUCUGUAGCAACAAUAAUGACAAACUGUAUUGUUGUUAUAUAAACCGUUCAAUAAAAUGACAUGGAUUAUAACAAAAUUGGGUGAUAAAUUGUACUAG